AUUCAUAUCGAAUACUAUGUAUUUAUCUAUCUUUGGAGGCCAAAAGAUGCUUUAUUUCCAAGCUGCUGCUGUUUUGCUUUUGUCAUCGGCAUUCAGACACGUGGAGACUUCAGACCAGUCGUUUGCUCUCUGUGAUGGACAAAAAGGUUUUAUCCGCUGUACAAAAGGAGCCAAGAUUCAGAUUUUAUCUGCAAACUACGGACGGACGGAUGAACGCGUGUGUCCCUCUGGUAAAAUUAAUACACGUACCUGUCAUUUGAAGUCGUCUGAAAUCAAGACAAAAUGGAACUGCAAUGGGUACAGGACGUGCCACCUUCAGGCCGAUGCACAACAGUUUGGUGAUCCCUGUCAAAACUCCUCAAAAUAUCUGGAGGUCAAAUAUCGCUGUGUUAAGGACCAAACACUAUUUCAAAAGAUAAAUUAAUUGCAUUUAAUGCACACAUAAUCAAAUCAUUACACCUUAAAAGAAGUACUCCCGUUAACAUUGUUUACGAU